CUUUCCUCCUCUUUCAUCUAUCUAAUAUCUGCAACACUUUUUUUUUUCUAGAAGCAAGCACUACGCCUCCAAGUUAUAAGGAAGAGCCGUCGAAUUUCAGAGUUGGAAUGGGGUUAAUAGAUAGAAUUAUUAGUUAGUAGGGAUAAAUCGUAAGUAAUAGAAAGAUAAAGGACCGUUUGUGAAAAUAAAAAGAGGUAAGAAAAGUCAAUUAGAGGAAAAAAGAAGGGUUAGGUUUAGAAAAUCUGAUCCAGUAAUUGAGAGAUUGGAUUGUCUGGUUAGAAGCAGUGGAGCCCUUUUUUUUUUCUUUCUUCUUCUUCUUCUUCUCUUUCGCCUUCUUCUGGAAGAGAAGGUCGACGCUACUACUUCUUUCUUUCUUCUGGAUCUGAUUUGGGAAUCCAUCAAUCUCUCUUUCUCUACCAUCAUAGAUCCUUUUAGAUCUCACCUGUUAGUAACUCGAGUAUCGUUCGUGUUUUGCCGACCUUUUCAUUUACUAAAACCCUUUCGAAUCCUUUUGCUUGGAUUAUAAGAUUUACUUCUGAUUGAGAUUCUUCUUUUAAAGAGUUUAUCUGUUUGACUGGAAAAGUCUGCGACUUUUUCUUCUUCCUGUUGUUGUUACUUACAUCAGCUUCUUCAGAAUCUCAGAUUCUUAAAACCUUAGGAUUGUUAUCUACUUUGUUUGUGUUUCUGUGCAUCCCUUUGACGGAUGUGGAGGAAAAAAAGGGUUGCCCUGAUGAAAUGAGGGAUGUUAUCUACGUUAAUGAAACUCUUGAGUGCUUGUCUGUGGCCGUCUUCUUCUUCCUCGGGCAAGUCCGCUGAUUCGACAGGAAAACAAGAUGGAUUGCUUUGGUAUAAAGACUCUGGUCAGCACCUUGUUGGUGAAUUCUCCAUGGCUGUUGUUCAGGCCAACAACUUGCUUGAGGAUCAGAGCCAAGUUGAGUCUGGUCCUUUGAGUACUCUUGACUCUGGUCCUUAUGGAACUUUUAUUGGUAUUUAUGACGGUCAUGGCGGCCCUGAGACCUCGCGUUUUGUUAAUGAUCAUCUUUUUCAGCAUCUAAAGAGAUUUGCAGCAGAGCAUGCUUGUAUGUCUGUGGAUGUUAUUAAAAAGGCGUAUGAGGCGACUGAAGAAGGGUUUCUAGGUGUUGUGACAAAGCAGUGGCCAACUAAGCCACAGAUUGCAGCUGUUGGGUCUUGCUGCCUGGUUGGUGUUAUAUGCGGAGGGAUGCUUUACAUCGCUAAUGUUGGGGAUUCUCGUGCAGUUCUUGGAAGGGCUAUGAAGGCGACAGGAGAGGUUAUUGCGCUUCAGCUCUCCGCAGAACAUAAUGUGAGCAUAGAGUCUGUUAGACAGGAGAUGCACUCCUUGCACCCGGAUGACUCUCAUAUUGUCAUGUUAAAGCACAAUGUGUGGCGUGUUAAGGGACUUAUUCAGAUAUCUAGAUCCAUAGGUGACGUGUAUCUUAAAAAGGCGGAGUUCAACAAGGAACCAUUGUACACAAAGUACAGACUCCGCGAGCCAUUCAAAAGACCGAUCUUGAGUGGGGAACCAACUAUAACGGAGCAUGAGAUCCAACCACAAGAUCAGUUUCUGAUAUUUGCUUCUGACGGACUAUGGGAACAGCUGAGCAACCAAGAAGCUGUUGACAUCGUUCAGAACCACCCACGAAACGGGAUAGCACGGAGACUAGUGAAAAUGGCACUGCAAGAAGCGGCAAAGAAACGAGAGAUGAGAUACUCUGAUCUGAAGAAGAUAGAGAGAGGAGUGAGGAGGCAUUUCCACGAUGACAUAACUGUGGUCGUCAUUUUCCUUGAUACGAAUCAGGUGAGCUCUGUCAAAGGACCCUCUCUCUCUAUCCGAGGCGGCGGUAUGACCUUCCCCAAGAAACUCUAAGAUACUCUCUCCACUUUUAGGUUCCAUCUUUUGUAGUUAUAUAAAAAAAAAAAGUUACUCUUGUUGGUAUAAGAAUGUAUAAUUUUAACGUGAAAGCCACACACUACUGACGUUUGGAACUCAUUCCAGUAAUUAUUAAUUUUUAUUUAUUCUGCGAAACUUUGUGUAACGAUGUAAUUGUUGUUGAUGAUGAAUGAAUAUGAAUGUAGGCCUUCUUCUGUCA